GAACAAAUUAUUCCUUUCGCGUCCGCUUUAAAACCUUUUCUGUAACAACUACAUUAAUGAGCAGUCUCUUGAUAUGGCGGGACUUUUUGCUUGUACAAAUUGUCACAGUCGUCAUGCCUUCGAAGAUUUGAGCAAAGAAGAUCAGCUUUGUAAGGCAUGCAGAAAGAAGUUUCCAAUUGUUCAAUGUAGUUAUUGCUGUUUGGAAUUCCACAUUUUCAAAAAACUUCAUGAAGAACCAGUAUGCACAAAGUGUUCUUAUAAUAUUGAAGUUCAUGGUGAGCCAAAGAAGUGUAAGUAUUGUCAAACAAAUGCUGCUUUUAAAAAGAGCAUAUGCUCCCACUGUUCCAGCUCUGAGAAAAAAUAUGGUAAACCUCUCAAGUGUCAUCAAUGCAAGCUAGAUUGUGCUUUCAAAAACAAAAACCAAGAGCCGGAGGCUGGAAAAUUGCUAUGUUUUAAAUGUAAAAUACAACACAAAAGAAAUCUACAUAUGCUGGAGAAGCAAGAGCGCAGUGCUAGAAAAAUUGAAAAACAAGUUCGGAGUACUAAAGAAAAGCAAGAACAAAAUAACUAUAAAAAAUCAUUAAAUGGUAACGAUUUAUCAAAUGAGUCAUUUGGAACUUUAAAAGCUGAAAGUCUAACUAUACCUUUAAAAAAGGGAAUUGAAAUGAAAUCUUCAAGUAGAGAUGGUACUCCACUUUUUGAAAGUAAUACAGACAAGGAAGAUAUGUUCACAGAUUCAAUUUCAAACAUUACUGCACUGAAGGAACAGAUUGCAUCAUUGAAGAAAAUAAUUACACAGAAAGAUAAGACUAUUUUAGAGAAAGAUAUUAAGAUUUCAGAAUUUCAAGCAGAAACAUGGGAAAAAGAUAAGCAAAUGAGACAAAAAAUUAAAAACUUAGAAAAAACAUUAAAUGAACAGAUCGAAAACUUAAAGACUGAAAAUCAGUUGCUGAAGAAACAAAUUUCAUCUUCUGUGAAGAAAACCCCAAAAGUUAGUCAUGUUGCAAGUCGCAUACAAAUUGAAUCUUAUAAAAUUUCCAAUGCACCAAGUUCUGAACGAAAGCCUAUUGCUCCCAACAUUGAAGAAACCAUUUAUUCUGAAGAUGUUUCUGAAGAUGUAAAGCUUGCUGCACAAGAAAAUGAUGUUAAAAUAGACAUUAAAGAAACAUAUAUCAAACGUCAUCAUGAAAAUGAUAGCAAUGAAGAUGAUUUUGAACACCAUUCAGUGAAAAGAAAGAAAUGCAAAGUUAUCAGUGAUGAUGAAGAUAAUAGUGAAAAUAACUCCAGGGAAGAGGAAACUGUCUCUCAAGAUUUUUUUGAUAAUAAAGAAAAAAAAUCUGAAGUGGUAAAUGAACUUCAUUCUUCAGAUGAUGAAGGUACUUUUCAAGGAUUUUCUGAUGGUGAAAACUAAUUGUAUACAUCUGGAACCAUAAUAUUAAAGGAUACGGAGAAAAUGGUUUAGAUCUCAAUAAUUGUUGCGUUCAAGAGACGUCGCUUUUUAUUCGCAUUGUGUAAAUUUUUAAAUUCUAAAUUAAUUUUGAGUGUGAAAUUCUGAAGUAUGUUGCAAUUUUUCUGUGAAAAAAUAAAUUAUUUCAUUACAAAUUUUUAAUAAUUUUGAUAGUUUGUUCACUUAAAGCAUAUUGGGUCAAAUGCCCGUCUGGUUUUAUAUCACUCAUCAAUUUCAACAGAUUGUAAUAGUGUACUGUGUACAGUAUUUAUAGUAUUAAUAUUAUUACUAUUUCUAAUAUUAUUGCUUUGUAAUUGCUAUCAUUAUCAUAGGAUAUUUAAUUAAAA